AUGCGUGCCGAGCUCAUCUCCGUCCUGGCUGCUGCCAGCACCGUCGCCGCCCAGGCCGAGACCUGGUACACUGCGACCGCUACCGACUCCGUCGCUGCCGCUCGUGCUACGGCCAAGACGUCGAGCCCUACUAGCCACGUUAAGGGCAAGGCCUUUGAUCGUCUUGCCAUCGUCUGGCUGGAGAACACUGACUAUGAGCUGGCCAUCGGAGACCCGAACCUCGCCUGGCUCGCCAGCAAGGGCAUCACCCUGAACAACCACUUUGCCGUCACCCAUCCUUCCGAGCCCAACUACGUUGCGGCCAUCGGCGGUGACUACUUCGGCAUGAACAACGACGCCAUGAACUUCAUCGACCGCAACGUCUCCACCGUCAUCGACCUGCUCGAGGCCAAGGGCAUCAGCUGGGGCGAGUACCAGGAGGACAUGCCCUACUCGGGCUUCGAGGGCUUCGGCUACGUCAACCAGCAGAACGGCCGCAACGACUACGUCCGCAAGCACAACCCGGCCAUCAUCUACAACAGCGUCGCCUCGAGCGCCGACCGCAUCUCCCAGAUCAAGAACCUGACCAUGUUCUACAAGGACCUCGAGAACAACAGCCUGCCCCAGUGGAUGUUCAUCACGCCCAACAUGACCUCGGACGCCCACGACUCGGACAUCACCACCGCCGGCACCUGGACCCGCAACUUCCUCCAGCCCCUGCUCAACGACUCGCGCUUCAUGAGCAACACCCUCGUCCUCGUCACCUUUGACGAGAACUCCAACUACGCCCGCCAGAACCGCAUCCUCGGCAUCCUCCUCGGCGACGCCGUGCCCCAGGAGCUCGUCGGCACCACCGACAACAACUUCUACAACCACUACUCCGAGAUCGCCUCGGUCGAGGCCAACUGGGGCCUGCACCACCUCGGCCGCUGGGACGUCGGCGCCAACGUCUGGAAGUUCGUCGCCGACAAGACGGGCGACGUCGUGCGCCAGUGGUCCUCGGCCGGCGCGCCGCUGUCGCAGUACUUCUGGAACCAGUCGUACGACGGCGUCUUCCACAACAAGCCCAAGAACCCGGUCUACCCCAAGCCCAACCUGUGCCUCAAGCACGGCGGCCGCUCCAUCUCGCCCGUCGUCGGCAAGCAGUGGAAGGGCAGCAAGAACCCGCAGUACUACCAGGACGUCAUUGAGCUUCCCGACGGGCUGCACCCGCCUACGGGCUAUGCUUACUAG